AUGGCAUUACAGAGCCCAUCUUCGAUCAUUCAAUCGACUUCCAACAAUAGCAAAGUAUACCAUUCGCCCGGAUCAGAUGGCCACAAAACAUUAUCCGUCGAGCUGACGAACUUCACCCCCUUCGGCAACUUACUGAACACCACAGAUAGGCCAAUUACGCAUCUGGUACCACCUCACGGGGACAGCCAAGAUGACGCAGUCUAUUCUUCGGACCACCCACCUGUCUCAUCAGAAACAGCGGUGGUAGACAGCUUCCCGGAUGGCGGAACUAGAUCAUGGCUCGUCGUACUGGGGUCAUUCUUCCUGCUUAUGGCUACUUAUGGCAUGAUGAACUCUGUCGGUGUAUUUCAGUCCUACCUAGAGACCAACCAACUUUCCUCAUACAGCAGCACCGAUGUCGGCUGGAUAUCAAGUAGCUUUGUGUUUGUUGCACUACUGCUAGGCGUCUAUAUCGGCCCAUUGUUUGAUUCGCAUGGUCCAAAGAUGCUUGUCUAUGGAGGCUCCGUCAUUUUCAUGCUCAGUCUCUUUUUGUUCGCCGAAUGCAAGCACUACUGGCAGUUUCUGUUAACCUUCGGUAUUCUCGGUGGCAUAGGCGCUGCUCUCGUGAGCACAGUGGCUAUGGCUUGUGUCCCACACUGGUUCGAGAUCCGUGCUGGUAUGGCCAUGGGAACGGCUUUGGCCGGUAGUGGCUUAGGCGGUAUUUUGUUCCCCUUUGUGAUGCGGGCAGGAUUUUCAAAUAUUGGUUUCAAGUGGACUAUGAGGAUACUGGCAUUUGUCGUUGGUUUCCUGUGUCUUCUCGGUUCAUUCAUGGUUCGGGCAAGAUUACCGAAAAAGAAGUCAUCCAAGACGGUCAUUGAUUUGAGAUGUUUCAAAGAUCUCAAGUUUACGUGGAUGACUGUGAGUAUAUUUUGUUUGAUUGGCCCCUCUGCUGCGAUCGCUCUUGAAGACCUUCCAGUAGAUGCUAGAGGUCUGCUAUCGGGUGUUUUUGAAGGAGGGACCGCCAUGGGUAGUCUAUUUGCGUCAACAAUGUACCGAGCCCUCGUCCCAACAACGAAGUACGGUUGGCGAAGUCUUUACUGGUUCGGUGCCGGGCCUCCAUUACUAAUAAUAAUCUUCCGCUGGUGGUUACCAGAAACAAAUCAUUUCUUGAUGGUCAAAGCCGAACGAGAGGCUAGGACCCGACAGAAAGCGAACAGAGGAACCGAGGAGGCCAAAAAGACGAGUGAAUUCAAGACAUUCAUGCAUGACUCUGGCAAAUCUAUCAAGGAGAACUGGCUGCUGCUUCUCUACAUGUUCCUGCUAAUGACGGGGUUCAACGCAUGUGUCCACGGCGCUUCCGAUCUUUACCCUACAUUUCUCAAAAACCAGGUCCAACUAGACGCCGAGCACGCGGCUAUAGUCUCAAUCCUGGGUAACUUAGGAGCUUGCUUUGGCGGUAUCACAAUGGGCUAUGUCAGCGGUUUUCUAGGUCGUCGACUGACUAUGAUUUGUGGAUGCAUAGUGGGCGCCGGGAUCCUCCCUGCUUAUAUCCUUACACGAGGCAUGAAAAUUGGCGCUUGUGUCUUUUUCCAACAUUUCACUACCGUCGGUGUCUGGGGCCCAAUUCCCAUACAUCUUAUCACUCUGGCUCCAUAUACUUUACGUACACUGAUGGUGGGACUUACGUAUCAACUGGGCAAUCUUGCUGCAUCACCCGUCACUACUGCUGAGUCUAUAUAUGGUGAGAAAUACCCUCUUCCUCCGGCACCAGAUGGUACAAAGAGAUAUGAUUAUGGCCGUGCAAUUGCUAUAUUUACAGCCGCGGGGUGGGCUUAUAUUCUUCUGUUUUUGAUUCUUGGUCCGGAAGCGUCUCGGGAUGAAGAGAUGCAGGAUGUUGAUGUGAUGGUGUAUACUGGAGGCUCGGUUUCGGAGCCAUCGAGUCCCACUGAUAUCGUUGAGAAGAGACCUGUUCUCUGCGAGUUUGAAUGUGAUGAUGAUAAGGCUAAGUCUAGUUUGGACUCGAAGCUAGAAUAG